AUGGAUAUGAAUAUUGACUCAGAUAUUAAAUAACCCUUGCUAGAUGUGGAUAAAAAUUCUCAAUCUUAGUCUAAUGGAGUUAAAUGCAAAACUCACUUAUCUAAAGAAUAUCAAUGGAUAUUGGACAAUCAUAGAGAAGUAGAUUAUUCUAAGAAUGAAGAGAGGAUUAAAAAUUUUACAUUCAAAUUCGAAAAAGCAGAAAGAAAAGUUGAUAUUGUUUAAAUUAUUAUGCUAAUCCAUAGAGAUUUAAUCUUAGUAGAAUAUUAUUAUGAUGGAAAUAGGAAUACUAGAUAAUUUGAUUUUAUCAAUUUUCAAACUUUAGAAUUGAAAAAGACCAUUUGCUAGAAUAAAAGUGAUUACAGAAGUAGAAUUUUUCACAAAGUUUUUAACGAUGUUGACUAUCUGUUUUAUCAAGUAGAUUAAUUUGUAUACUUGAUGAAACUUGAAGAUUCUAUUGAAUAAAGAGAAGCUGAGUAGCAUUUGAUUGAAUUUGAAUUCGAUGGAUGCUAUCCAUUCGUUUAUGCAUAUAUCAUAGAUGAAUUCAACAUUAUGAUUACUUACAAUGAUUAUACAUUUAUAUUUAAGAUUGAUGGGACAUCUUUAGAUUAAAUCAAUUAAAGCAAUUAAAAAAAUUUUUAAAUUAGAGAUAUGUUUAAAAAUUCUAAGACAUUUGAGACAAUUGAUUUAUUUUAGAAUAUUACCGAUGAGGUAGAAGAUUUGAUUGAAAUAGACACAAUAAACAAAAGGAUUUAUUAUAGAGAUCAUUAACUCAAAGCAUAAGUUAAUCAUUUCAAUUAUUAGACAAACAUCAGUGCUUAUUAUAAUAUUGUCCCUCUAUAAAAACAAAAGUAGCAGCUAAGAAUAAAAGAUUUUGAUAGAAUGAUAAAAAACUACUUUAUCUACAACUAAGAUUAAAAAAAGAUAAUAUUAGACUUAACUACUGGAAUAACUAAAGAAGGAUAAGAAGAUAUGUUUAAUUUUAAUAACAGUUUAGUUCACCUUUUAAAUAGUGAUGAAAUCUUUUAUAAUGAAAACUUUAAUGAAGUAACCAAACGAGAGUAUUAGCCUAUAGAGCAUGAUUUAGUCAAUGAUAUAUCCAGUUAAGAUAUUAUAAUGAAAAACGAUGAUUACUACAUUUAUCUUAACGGCAAUCGCAAAGUUAAAUGGGACGAUUUUAAGUAGAAAUCUGAAUUCAAAUUCAAUAAAAGCAGCACAUUUUGCAUAAUGUAUAAUCAAUUUAACGAAACACAAUACAUCUUUGAUUAAGCAACAGAGAGUCAAAUUGUCUAUUUUGAUAUAUAAAAUCAAAAAUUCGAUUCGAUUGAUUUGGUCGAAGAAGAAUGUUUGACAAUAUAUCCUGUUAAAGCAAUGUUAAAUGAAUUGCAAGGCUAUUUAUUGGUAAAAUAUUAUAAUCAAAUUAGGAUAUUCAGUCUUAAAAAUAAAAAGCUUAUUAAAGAGAUACCCAAUACUAUUGAUGAAAAUUCAGUCUUUAUUAAGAAUAACUAUAUACAAAUAAAUUCUAAAAUAGCGGGCACUACUAUUUUCUUUUUCAAGAAUUAAGUUGUUGACAAAAUUAUUACGAUAAAUCGAGCUCUAGAAUUUGAGAAUCUAAAUUUAUACGAAAGCUAUCAAAGAGAUUUUAAUCAAUAAACUUUUUUAAUAUAUAAAGGAACAGAUAAAGACGAUGAAUCUGAAAUGUAUAGUAUGACAUUAAAUUCCUUUGAAGAAUUGUUCAAUGAGGAAUAUCUCAACUAAGUUAUUUUCCCAGCCUUUCAUUUUGAUAAUGCGUACAAAGUAAUCAUAAACUCAAGUAAUGUUCAAUUAUAUAUGGAGGGGUAACAAGAAAUGACUGGACAUUUCUUGACUGAUAUUACUGAUCAAUUGAUAAAAGAGUAUAGAGAAGUAUCACAAAUGUCUAAUGAAGUUAUUAUAAGAGAAUUAUAAUUAAGUAUUGAUAAAUACUUGAAAUUCGUGGCUGGAUUUGGAAAUGUAUUUGGAAUAUUUUAGAAUAACUUGAUUGUACUUUAAUCGAUUACUAAAUAGCUAUCUGUCAGAGAAACACAAUCCUUACCUAUUCUUAUUUGUCAAAAUCGUAUUAGUGGAGAAUCCCCUCUUGAUUUUUCCAUUAAUAAUAACCAACAAAAGAUAAUCAAUCUAAUUCUCUCAAUAAUUCUAAAAUACUAAAAUAACAUUCUGUUUAACCAAUUAGUAGAUAAAAAUGUAUGCGAUCUUAUCAAACAAUAGAUUGACUUAUAAGAAUAUUUUAAAAGCAAAUUACCUAUCUAUGAGAUUCUUCACUAAUCUUUUCCAAGUUAACAUCAUGACGAUUCAGAAUUAAUUGAAGGAAUUAACUUAGAUAAGCCUUUGUAAAUAAAUGAGAAGUACAAUGAAAUAUUUAGCGGAAAAUUAGAAGAAUCAAUAGACUGUAAUGAUCCUGUUGUAUCAAUUGAGUAUUAUUUGAUCAACUUGCCAGUUACUAUACGAACUAAUCAAUAAAUGCUAAUGAAUGUGCUAAGUGAGAGUGAAAAAUCAGAAUACUUUGAAGAUCUGAUCAUCCAGAGCAUUAUCAAGUUUAAAUGGAAUACUUAUACAAAGUCAUUUUACUAAAACAGAUUCUUUAUUUACUUGAUAUUUAUGGCUUCUUUUAUUUUUGAUAUCUUCUACUCAGCCUACGCAUAUUAAAAUACUUUUGAGACCAAGGAUGGAGAAUAAUAGCAUGUAAACUAGGAACCUAAUAUGUAGGUGAAGGUCUUGACAAAGAUAAUAUGUAGUAUAGUACUUUUCUACUUCUUAAUUUAUGAGUUAAGACAAAUCAGAGUACAAAAAUUAGAGUAUUUUGCUGAUGGAUGGAACUAUUUCGACUUUUCACACAUUCUUGCUUAUGCAGCAUUUUGUGUUUUAGAAUUCACCGUUUAAAAUCAGGAAAGCCUAAUCUUGAUUAAAAUUCUGGUUAUCAUUCUAUCUUUUAUGAAGUUAUUCUUCUUUUUAAGAAUUUAUGAUGGCUUUAGCUUCUUGGUUUAAAUGAUGGCCGGAGUUUUCAAGGACCUCAAAUACUUUAUGAUGUUCUUUUUAAUUAUCAUUUUGCAGUUUGGAAUGAUAUUCUUAGUACUUUUUAAGGCUUAAGAAAUCCCAGAAUAUAAUGGUGUUAACAAAUUGGCAUACUUUUUAAUGGCCUUUAGAAUUUCUUCUGGAGACUUUUACUUAGAUGAAUAUCAAAACUAAGGAGAAGUGUUAGUCAUAAUUAGUUGGAUUAUCUGGCUAAUUGCAGUUAUGACUUUGAAUAUUGUUUUUAUGAACUUCAUAAUUGCUGUGAUCUCUGAGUCCUACGAUAGAGUAAUGUAGAAAUUAGUCGCUGAAUCAUACAAAGUAAAAUCUCACAUGAUUGUUGAGAGAGAGAAGCUAUUCGAUUAAUCUGACUUGGAGAGCUUAGAAUAUUUCCCUCCAUAUAUUGUUGUUAGAAGACCCUUAAAUUCAGAGGAAAUUGAAGGUGGGCUGUGGCAAGGAUUCAUCAAAGAAAUCAAUACUAAUAUCACAACAGCAACUGUUUUGUCAAAGACUGAGAUUAUUCAAAAUUUACAAUGUGUUCAGAACUAGAAUCAAUAAAAUAGAUAGUAACUUGAUGUAUUAAUUGAACAAAACUAAAGCUAAAGCCAAAUAACUUCUAAUGAAGGCUUUGAUGAGAAAUUUACUAAGAUGAUAAAAUAGUAGCUUGAUUAAGCUUUUGAGAACAGUGACUUCAAUUCAAUGAAAACAGAAGUAAAUGGACUAAAUACCAAAGUCCUUAGAAUUUAAGAUGACAUAGAGUUCAUUAAGAGCUCUCUAACUUAGAUUCUUCAAAAAUAAAAUCAGUGA